AUGGCGGCAUAUGCUGUGCAGGUAAUCCCUUCAGAUGUGAUAAUUUUGGAAGGCAUUCUCAUUUUUCAUGAUCCCCGUGUUCGAGAGUUGAUGAAUAUGAAGAUAUUUGUCGAUACAGAUGCUGAUGUUCGUUUAGCAAGGAGGAUAAGGCGUGACACAGUAGAAAAAAACAGGGAUAUUGGUACAGUUCUUGCUCAGUACUCAAAGUUUGUGAAGCCUGCAUUUGAUGACUUUAUUCUUCCUACAAAAAAAUAUGCUGACAUCAUUAUUCCUCGCAGAGGAGAUAAUCAUGUGGCUAUUGAUUUGAUUGUACAACACAUCCGUACAAAGCUUGGCCAGCAUGACUUGUGUAAAAUAUAUCCUAAUUUAUACGUUAUACAUUCAACUUUUCAGAUACGGGGCAUGCAUACCCUCAUACGUGAUUCACAAACAACGAAGCAUGAUUUUGUAUUUUAUGCUGAUCGGUUGAUUCGUUUGGUCGUUGAGCAUGGUCUGGGACAUCUGCCAUUUACAGAAAAACAGGUGGUCACUCCAACUGAGUCCGUGUAUACUGGUGUAGAUUUUUGUAAGAGAUUAUGUGGUGUGUCUAUAAUCAGGAGCAGUGAGAGUAUGGAGAAUGCUCUGAGAGCAUGUUGUAAGGGAAUCAAGAUUGGGAAAAUUCUAAUCCACAGAGAAGGAGACAAUGGCCAGCAGGUUUCGAUUCCCUCUAUGAUUGUCUUUCAUUUUUUAAUCAACGUAUUUCUAUGAUUCCAUUUUUUAAUC